AUGAUGUCCUUUCUGAUUGGCCCGGUGAAGAUGGGUUUUGGGGUGAAACUUUGCCAGACAGGUCCUCAUUCCGAAACGGUGACGAAGACGUGGAAUAGGGGUUGCAUUAGCAUUUUAGACAAGGUGACACGAGUGAACUUGAGUGAAGAUGAGUCCGAGUAUGGUGUUUGCAUGAUCGUCAGCGAUCUCUUCGAAUUCCAUUGCCCUUGUGUACGCUUCGGCCUCGGGCUGAAGAGCUUUCCAGAGUCCUUAGAGGCCUUGGAGAAGGUUAUCCAGGAUGCUGCCUCUCCGGGUGCCUCCGAGGUUUUCAGGGAGCUUCAGGCACAUGUGACCUUGGUGCUCUCGGCUUUGGACGAGGUGAAGAAGCACGUUGAAGUUCCAUGCUCAGCUUCGCGCGAUGAGCUGAACAAGCCGCGACAUGAGCUGGACAUAGAGAUGAAGGGAUCUCCAGAUCUGGGGGUACACCAUUUGGCGGUGAAAAUUACCACCCUGCCAUUGAAUGAGAGAGAGAGGGGAUGUCAAAAUGCGCUAGCCAAAGAGCAGCAGGCCUUGUCAGAGGCUCACCUCCUAGAGCUGAAGGCGGAGAAGAAGCGCCUCGAGGUGCUCAGCAAAUCCCAAGGGAAGGAGAUCGACCGCCUCAGCCGGCAGAGUCGGGACCCUGGAGGAGCUGAAGGUGGGGAAGCCAUGGAUGGCCACGAGCGGAACGCCAUGGAUGGCCACCUCACUGACUUCGGCCCAGUGGGCGGCCGGAGCUUUGUGAGUUUGGUGGGUUUGGGGCACUUGCGCCAGUUUAUGGUCUCCCACGACUGGGGUGUAGGCGGAAAAGGCACGCAGGCCGGCUAUUUGGCGGAUCGUUAUGGCCUCAUCCACAUCUCAAUGGGGGACCUCCUGCGUGCGCGUGCCAAGUUCUUGCCACAGCUGGCCCAAGAGAUUUCAGAGGGACGUUUGGUGCCGGAUGAUACCGUGGUCUCGGUGCUGAAGGAACGCCUGGCGGAGCAUGACUGCUUCUCACGUGGUGUUCUUUUGGACGGAUUUCCACGGACCCGCACACAGGCCGAGGCGCUUCGGCUCGCGGGCGUGGAGAUCUCCGCGGUGAUCCAUUUGGAGGUCGCCGACGACGUGGUCAUCAAUCGCAUUGCUGGGCGCCGUAUCGACCCUUUGAGUGGGAAGAUCUACCACGUGAAGGACAACCCACCGCCAGCAGAAAUCAUGGGGCGAGUGAUCCAAAGAGAAGAUGACACGCCUGAAAAGAUUCGCCGGAGGCUGGUGACCUACCACCAGGAGCGCGAUGCAAUCCUCGAUUUUUGUCGAGAUCGAGUGCGCACAAUCCACGUGGGUGGCGGGGCACCCGAUGCGCUGCCAGCCGAUGUGCGGUCGAGGGUGGUUUUUGAUGAGGUCCGUAAGGCGGUGGAGGGCGACACCUACUGGGGCUCGAUGAUCCGGUCGGAGCUCAUCGCCAAGGUCCCCAUCCUCAUGGUCUUUGGCGGCUGCAUGGGGGCGAUCGUGGCCAUGGAGGUGGUUCUAAAAGGAGAUCCCAAGUCGGGGAACUUGCUGACGUUGACAGCAGUUCUCAUGGUCCUUUUUCAGAGCAUUCCAGGCCGUCUCACGCGGCACGGCUUGAAGCCCCUGGCGGCACCCUGGCGGAGCCACGGCACCUUCGCCGCCUUGUGGGUCUCGAUGUCCGUCUUGGCGAACUACGCCUUUGCUUACAAGAUCAGUGUGGCGAUCUUCACGCUGAUUCGAUCCUGCAAUAUCAUUGCGACUGUCCUGCUGGGUUUCCUCGUCUUUGGCCAACGCUUCUCUGUGGAACAGCUCGCGUGCGUGGUCGCAGUGACACUGGGAAUAUUUUUGGCCUCAAUGGGUGAGAUGAAGACCCUCCAAUCCCCUUCCUGCGACGGCACCGGCUGCGGCACAACCGCAUCGGCCGAGAUCGGCUCCACCUCGGAGGUGGACAUCGGUACCUGGCUCAUUGGACUGGGCAUGCUGGCCUUUGUUCAGCUUCUGCAAGGUUUUCUGGGCAACGUGCAGUCCAACUACUACCGCAUUUACAAGGACUUGGCUCCAAAGAACGAGCUUUGCGACGAGUUUCUCUUCACCUCUCACAUCGUGGCCCUGGCGCCGUUGUUCUUUUUGAAGGAGGACAUUAUGGCUGCAGCUGAGUCUGCUUGGUUCUCCGAACCACUGCCUUUGGUGCCUGUCCCCUCACGAUUGGCCUGGCUGUUCAUCAACAAUGUUUCCCAGACCAUUUGCCUGAAGGGCGUCUUCCGCACUUCUGCGUGCGUGUCCCCUUUGGCGCUCACCAUCAUCUUGUCCGUGCGGAAGUUCCUUUCGGUGGUGGUUUCGAUCGUGAUCUUCAGCAAUCCCUGGACCAUCCUGCACAGCAUCGCUACUGUGCUGAUUUUCGGCGGCGCCUUCGCCUACUCCCAGGCGCCGGAGGCACGGACUGCCCCUGCGAAGGCGGACGGCAAAGCAGAAUGA